UUCUACCCGGACAUAUUUUCCUGACACACCGCCAACAUGGAGUCGACGCGCGUCCUGGAGUUUCUGACCGAGGUGGAGGAGGCGGCUGAAGACGUUUUAACCAAUAAACAACAGAUAGUCGACCUGGACCUGAAGAGGAACAUGAACCGUGAAGCACUGAGCGCACUGCGAUCCACGGCCAAUUCAGAAAAGGUGAUGGUUUGCUUCGGAAACAUGUUCAUCAAACUUCCCAAAUCAAAGACUCAAGACAUGAUCCGAAAAGACCAGGAACAGCUUGACAAGGAGAUUAAUGACCUACGGAAAGAGCUGAAGGCCAAAGUCAACCACCUCAAUGUGAUACAAGGGAAACCUGAGCUGACAGGUUACAACCUCUCCCCUCUCUCUGCGGACGAGGUCAAAGCCAUCAACCACCUGAUGAAGAGGUGACCUCCCCUGACUGAGAGAUCUCUACCAGAGGCUGCUGUGGAGAGUGUUCACUGGAGGAUGCUACGUGUCAAGACAGCGGUGGGCUUACAGAUGUGUGGAUACCUCUGGAUUGAUGUCCUACCUAGAGAUUCACUCCCCUCUGUGCAUCGGGAAAAUGGACCCUUCCGUUCCUUAAUUUCAAGGGAAAUUUCAUCUUUGAAGUUGUUCUGCCCUUGCCUAGAUGAAGAGGGACUGGAAUUAUGUCAUGUCGUAGAGUAAAGUAAGAUCAGACACACAGGGCUGUUGUUGUGGUGUGUGACCACAAGGUGGCAGCAAACCCUCUUCUCACCGUGGUGAAGGUGCUCUGUACUAGUUGAUACCGUCUAUUUCGUUUACUAGUAAAGAACAUAUUCGCUCAUCACACAAUCAUUGUAGUGUAUUCUUUACUUGCUUCAAACCGUACAGAAAUAUGGUCCAAUGCAUUACACCCAUUUUUAAUUAACAAACCAAGGAACAAUUAUCUAUGUAGUUGUGUGUACAUCAUGCAUUAGGAAUGAUAAUUUCCUGGAUAGUGUCUUCCCAGGAUAAAUCCUUCCUAUACUUAAUGGAGACCUCUUUCCUGUAACAUGUCACUCCUCAGUCAUUGACAGGCGGCUCCCGUUCGACCCUCAGGUUGGGGACAGCGCUGUGGGGUCCAACCUGCCUGUAGGUUGGACCCCUCAGGUUGGGUAGAGCGCCUAGGGGUCCAACCUGCCUGUAGGUUCGACCCUUAAGGUUGGGGAGAGCGCUGUGGGGUCCCACCUGCCUGCAGGUGGGACCCCUGAGGUUGGGGAGAGCGCUGAGGGGUCCCACCUGCCUGUAGGUUCUCCUCAGACAGCGCGUGGUGCCACGGUGUCGCGUACACACUGCGAUGCCGACGAGAUGGGCUGAUUUUGUGCCUCAAAGGUUGAAAAACAUUGUUUUGUUUUGACGUGUUGGGCAAUCCGAUGGAAUACCAGGAUCCCCCCCCCCCCCUCACUCACUCAAAAUCAAGUAUAGACAUCAGCCUGACGAAAGACGAUGUACCGCCCUAAUGAGCAUGUGCACGUCAGUCAGAUGCUUUAUGGAUUACCUUCCUCUGUCAGCCCUUCUAAGGCUUUGGGAGGCUUCAUCUGUCAGCGCCGAAACGUCUUCAUCAUCCCAGGCCGGGCGUUGACACUGUAAUGACAGGUUACAAGGCCAAAUUGCCUUUGCCAAAAACGCAGUUGUAGUGCUGCCAUUGGAAUCGACUCCGAACUUUGAGAAUCUUCCAUUUGGCACGUUCUCGAAAUGUACAGUCUUAACUGAAAGAAAUCUUUCCAUGUAAGGGCAUUUAGAAAACACAUGCACGCAUCCAGCUGCUGCUCUGUGGGGUCUUGUAGCAUCAGGUCGAAGGAGGUGAGCAGUGCCUGUGUAUCUGGUCUCAGCUGCAGCAGGGUUGGGGGUUACAUUUUCAUUUUCUAGAAAAGACGCCCAGUAGGGCUUCCAUUUUCCCAGCCAUUCCCAAAGCUCCCGCUGCCAUGGUCCUCAAAGCAGCCACUUAUUGGCUCUGGAAACUAAACAUCAAGAAUGUCUUUGUCGGAGGGAUUCAAACCCACAAGGCCGGCAAUGCCUGAGGAUUCCAUCUCAAAUGCGUCAGUUAUUCAACUCAUCCUGUCUGCUUGGGAAGUUUUGAUAGGAAUGUUGGGUAACACUUUAUAAUAAAAAUGUAUAAACGAAAGGUCAUAUGGCAUUUAUUAUUCU